AUGAGUGUCUCUUCCUGGUUCCUGGUGAGUGGCGGUGGCAUGAGGCACCGCCUCCCCUGGGAGAUGAUCUUUGUUGGUCGGGACGACUGUGAACUCAUGUUACAGUCCCGCAGUGUGGACAAACAGCAUGCCGUAAUCAACUAUGAGCCAACCACGGACGAACAUAAAGUCAAGGACCUGGGGAGCCUGAAUGGGACAUUUGUGAAUGAUGUCAGAAUACAGGAGCAGGUGUAUAUCACUUUGAAAAUUGACGACAAGUUGAGGUUUGGAUAUGAUACCAACCUGUUCACCGUGGUGCGAGGAGAGCUCCAUGUCCCCGAGGAAGCACUAAAGCAUGAGAAGUUUAAUAGUCAGCUCCUGCUGCAGACGGUAAAGCCUCCAGAAGUUGUUCCGGUACCAUCCAGACCUGCAGUAGAGGUCAAGGCUGCAGCCGAAGGUGGUUGCGAGGGUGGCUCCGACGGGGCGGUGGCAGUGGGUAGUAAACCCCCUGAGACCAGCAGAGAGGGGGCCGGGGAUGACAAGCUGACAGGGGACAUUGCAGUACUAAAAAGGGGCACCCCUCUGUACGGCCAGCCUUCCUGGUGGGGGGACGGGGACGCAGACGAUGAGAACUCUGGGAAGCAGGAUGGGACGACAACUGACAGGAAGCAGGAGAGAUCUGAGUCAGAUUAUAAAGACCCCAAGGAGACAACAGCCGAGGCCCAGGAGAAUGGCCUGUACACCUCAAGCCAGGAGCCAAGUUACUUCGAGAUCCCCUCCUAUACCAAUGAACCCCCCUCCCAAGACACGGAAGGUGCCACCGCCACUAACCCCGCCUCCGGCCCUGAAGCCGUCCCCCAGGGCCACGCCUCCUUCACCAUCGACUUUGACCUGCAGGCGUCCAAUAAGGUGACGGUUAAGGACCGGGUGGCAAAGGUGGUGCCGGAGGUGAGGCCACGGCCCCCAAAAAAGGGCGCAGGAGAGGAGCUGAGCGCCCUGCAAACGGCCAUGGUGGCGGCGGAGGUGAAAGUAGCUGAUUGGCUGGCCCAGAACGAGAUCCCAUUGGCUCGUACGGAGUCGGUCGACAGAGUGGUGGAGGACGACGGGGAGAGCGUGAAGAGUGACGUGCCGGUUCAGCUGAAGAGUCUUAAAGGUAGUAAACACGAGGACGGUACCCAGAGCGACUCAGAGAACGCAGCCGCGCUGGGAGAGCAACGCCGGGCCGCCCUCGAGGACCACUCCAGGGGGCUGUGGGGUGGCCGACUAGAGGGGUCAGGGGUCAAGAUACGAGAGGGGCGCGCCAACGUCCCAGAGGGACUCUUUGCCGAAGAAGAUAGCCCAGCCCGACGACACAGGUCCUCAGCUUCCAAAAUGGCACCCAUCGGAGGAGAGUUAAGAGAGAGAGAGAGGACCAAGGAUUCCGUUCCUUACCACCGCGACCAACACCAACCGAUAGGACUUGGGGAGGGGUUUCAGAAUCGCCAUGGAGACGACUAUAGUGACCGGGGGACCUAUACCAUAGAGAUAGAGAACGAAGAUAACCAAGAGGAGGAGGCCAGGAGAAUGAUUGACAAGGUAUUUGGUGUGGAGGACUACCAGGCUCUGUCCAGGGUGGGGGGCUAUCCUGACAUCCAGAGAGAGAGACUGACCACUCAGAGACCAGGCUCAGGAGACAGAGGCAAGCCUGGACGUAUCGAACCAGAGUCUCUCCCAGAGGAGCUGGUUGUGGGUGGUCCCAGGUGGGUCUCCCAAUGGGCUACUCUGGCAGCCAGCCACAUCAGGACUGACCCCGAGGGCUCUGGAGCGGAGUCCCAUGUCCACUACCACACUGAGGACAGAGCUGAGAUCAGUGAGUCCAGUCACUCUGCCUCCAUGGCCUCCUCCAGCUAUACAGAGCGCAAGAGGAGAACCCUGCCCCAGCUCCCCUCCACCGAGGAGGCAACCCCAGGGGGGAGGAGAUCCCCUGGGAGUAGUGGGGGGAAGAGACUGGAUGAGGCACGGAGGAGGAAGAAGGAGAUGGAGGAGAAGGCUAAAGAAAGGGAGAGUGCUGGGAAGCCGCUUCUUAGACAAGAGAGCUUUACGGUGGAGAGACCCAGCACCAACGUCCCCCAGGAGCUCAUCCCACGGAUUGACACGCAAACUGGGGCACGAAUACUGACAAAGGAGGGCAGGGUGGAUAGUACCACACGGCAGAAGGACUCAGAGGCGGUGGCUGCGUUUCUGGAGACAACGGUAUCAGACCUGGGUGAACCAAUUAGCCAGUCCAUCGAUGGGUCUUUGUCGCCCGAGUCGGAUGUGGACACCACCAGCACCGUUAGCCAAGCAGCGGGCGUCGGAGGGCGGAAGGUGGUUCACCAGAAGAGACGUACCCUAACUGCCCAGCAGAAAGAGAGGGAGAAGACGGUGCUGUGUUCCUCCACCAAGGGGCCUACCAGAGCCAGAGAUACCCAGGAUAGGAAACCCAAAUCCAGACCGUCUGGAGGACAAGGGACCCGCCAAGCUGGUCGUGCCUGGACCUCCCUGGACCUAACAGAUGACGACGUCAACUCCAACUCCCUCCUCUCCGACUCCCAACCCUCCAUACAGGAGGUUAGCUCCCACAGUUCCCACGCCAGAACCCAGGCCGGAAGCACCAGAGUGGAGGCUAGCACCAAGGCUAGCCGGGCUAAAAACACCCAGGCAUCCAGCACCACCACAAACACCCUCAGUAAACCUACCACCACCUUGCCCAAGGUGCGGCCCACCCGGUCCUCGAUACUCAGACGUGCCCGUUUGGGGGACUCCUCCGAUACCGAACCAGCCGACAUGGACCGGAUGUCCGUAGCCUCCGAGGCUAGCACUGCUAGCUCCAGGUCCGCAGCUCCCGGACCAGGGUUCCGGAGAGGCCUGUCCCGCAUUGAGGCCCUGGCCCAGCCCAGGAAGUCCAGGAUGGGAUCUCCGUCUGCCCAGAGUGACUCAGAGGCCACGGGGGGCCGUAGCCGGGGGAUAGGGGCUCGUAGCAUUGCUACCGACUACGCCGUCCGACAGGGACUCAGAGGAGUCAGCAACAUGGGAGGGAUAAUACCCAGGGCCAGGGCUAACAGCGCCUCCAAACUACCUGACAAGUCUAAGGGCUACAUCACCCCCACAGCUGGUGGCCGGUGGCGCCGGAUGCCCAUGGACUACGCCUCCACCUCUGAGGACGAGUUCGGCUCCAACCGCCACCCAUCCAAGCACGGCGGUCCGCGACUGACGCGACUGACCCAGCUGGGUGGCUCCGCCCCUGCCACGCCCAGUCCGGGGGGUAUAGCGGCUCUGAGGCAGCAGUCAGCAGGCAGAGAACAGGAGGAGUACAUGAAGGACUGGACCACUCACAGUGAAGAGAUCGCCAGGAUCAGUCAGGACCUAGCCAAAGACCUGGCCAUGCUGGCCAGGGAGAUCCAUGACGUGGCCGGAGAGAUCGACUCAGUCAGCCCAGCCGCUAGUGCUGCCACUGACCCAGGAGCCAUGUUGGAGGAGCGAGUUUUUGACGAUGGCUUGGAUCUGAGGAGCGGCCCGUCAACAGAGAGCAUUCUGGGUAAUAACGUCCGCCCCGUGGAGCUCCGGCCACGCAACUCUAACAGACAGGGUCCCCGCGCCAUUCGCCGCCAGACCUGGAACAGAGAGGACGCGGUGUUGGACAGUUUACUAUUAGCGUCUGUGACCCAGCUCUCUGCACGGAUACGCCAUUCUGUGGACAAAACAGCCGGCAAAAUCAGGAUAUUAUUCAAAGAUAAGGACCGGAAAUGGGACGAGAUUGAGAAUAAACUCCAAGCCGAGCAUGACUCUCUACUCCUCAAGACUUCCAGCACGGAGAUCACCACCGUCCUCCAGGAUCUGAAGAGAGUGGAGAGACAGUUACUAGUGAUUGAUGUGAUGGUGGAUCCGGACGGCACCCUGGAUGCCCUGACCAGCCUGGGACUGACCAGCCCUCUGACCGACCUGCAGAGGGUCAGUCCUGGGGCAGCGGGGCCCUCCGCUGCGGGUCACCCCCCUGGAGGUAGUAGUGGAGAAGGCCCUUCUAGCAGCACCCUGUCGGCCCCAAGCGGUGGAGCCUCCUCGGGGGCCUCAGGCACCUCUACCCAGGUGGCAGAGAGAGACCUGGGACUCCAUGUGAAUAAUAAUCUGCCCUCUAGUGGUGGAGAACAGAACUGUGUGGUUCAUAAAUGA